AUGAACCAAAGAGUGAGAAGUACUAAAGAUGUAUGGGCAAAGGUUGCAUUGUAUGCAUCUAAAAUAGUUUCCUAUGCUCAGGGAUUUAUGCUGUUGCAACAUGCUCAUCAAACUUUUGGUUGGAAACUGGAUCUUGGUGCAAUUGCACUUAUGUGGCGUGGUGGAUGUAUAAUACGCAGCCAAUUUCUUGGAAAUAUAAAAGAAGCCUAUGAACGCAAUCCUAAUCUUAGUAAUUUACUUCUAGACCCAUUCUUCAAACAAAUUAUCGAUGAAUGUCAAAAUGGAUGGCGUCAAGUUGUUUCUCAUGCAGUACUUAAUGGAAUUCCUACACCGGCAUUUAGUUCUGCAUUAACAUUUUACGAUGGAAUAAUAUGUCCUAGUCUACCUGCUAAUUUAUUACAAGCUCAACGUGAUUACUUUGGUGCUCAUCAAUUUGAGAAGAUAGAUAAUCCAGGCGUUUUUGUUCACGCUGAUUGGACUGGUCAUGGAGGUUCUGUAGCUUCUUCUACAUAUCAAGUUUAA